GCGUGUUGGGACUGGGAUGACGGGAUAUCGUGACGUCACUCGUCAGUUCCUAUGUUGCCCAAUGCAAGAUGGCUGACACGAGGCUAUAUGAUUUGCUUGGAGUCCCACAAAAUGCUUCCGACAAUGACAUUAAAAAGGCUUACAGGAAAUUAGCGAAAGAACUACAUCCCGACAAAAACCCGGAUACCGGUGAAAAGUUCAAAGAUAUCACUUUUGCUUAUGAAAUCCUUUCCGACCCCGAAAAGAGGGAAUUGUAUGACCGAUAUGGAGAGAAGGGCCUACGCGAAGGUGCCGGCGGCGGAGCUGGUUUUGAAGAUAUUUUGUCACACAUCUUUGGAGGGGGAAGUGGAGGAUUUGGAGGAGGCCUUUUUGGAGGUAUGCCUUUCGGUGGUGGGAUGGGUGGAAGAUCAAGGAGAAGAAGAGGAGAAGACUUAUUUCAUCCUUUGAAGGUCACCCUUGCUGACUUGUAUAAUGGAAAGACCACCAAGCUGCAGCUUAGCAAAAAUGUGAUUUGCACAACGUGUAAAGGGGCAGGAGGCAAGCCAGGUGCAAUGCGACCAUGCGCGGGUUGCAAGGGCAGAGGAGUCAAGGUCACCAUCAAACCAAUCGGCCCAGGAAUGGUGCAGCAGAUGCAGUCUAUGUGUCAUGACUGUUCAGGAGAAGGUGAAGUGAUAAAUCCCAAAGACAGAUGUAAAAAAUGUCAAGGGAAGAAAGUGGUGAAAGAAAGCAAAAUUUUAGAGGUCCAUGUUGACAAAGGCAUGAGCGAUGGACAAAAAAUUACAUUUCGAGGAGAGGGUGACCAGGAGCCAAACGUGGAACCUGGGGAUGUCAUUCUUGUCAUUCAACAAAAAGACCAUGACUUGUUCUCACGACAAGGCAUGGAUCUCUUCAUGACUAAGACAGUCACUUUAGCAGAGGCCUUGUGCGGCUUUCACAUGGUUGUCAAGCACUUGGAUGGCCGGGACCUCUUGAUUCGUUACCAUGCAGGCAAUAUUAUUGAACCAGGAUGUAUCCGCGGGAUUGUUGGGGAAGGAAUGCCUGCGUAUAGACACCCAUUCGACAAAGGCAACCUGUAUAUAAAAUUUGACAUUGAAUUUCCACCAAAUGGAUUUCUUCCUGAAGAAAAGUUAAAGCAACUUGAAACAUUCCUACCCAAGCGACCGACCCCACCCAAAGUAAAUGACGAAAUGGAAGAAGUGGAUAUGGAGGAUUUGGACCCUAACUACUCUCCAGGCCAGGGUAGGAGAGAGGCAUAUGAUGCCGACAGCGAUGAGGAGGAGACAACGGGAGGGCCCAAGAUGCAGUGCGCACAUCAAUAACGACACCUUAAUUUCCAUUGGAGUUGGGCUCUAGUCAGUGAGAGAAUAUAACAAGUGGUAUCAGCACCCCACAAAAGGACUUUACAUUUGACAUUUUCCAUUCAAAGCUCUGAAGUGGUCUUGUUCCAUUUGUGCCAUUCUGAAGGAGAGGGAUUCAACAUGAAACAUGAAAGAACUUAGUGGCCUUCAUCAGAUGACCAUCAAUUAAAAUGCUAGAUUACUUUCACAAACAAGGCAUACUAAAGCUUACCUCAUGGAUUUUGUUAUUUAUGUAAGAUACACAAAAUAGCUGCUCUCUCAGUAAGUAGUAAUACAUACAUUGUCUGAGAUCUGGACAAAAAUUACAUAAUUGAUUUGAGCUGUAUAGAAAAAACACCAUAUUAUAGUGUGGCACCCUCUACCAUGACCACCAAUACAACAAGAAUCAGAUAGUAUGUAUCUCAGGUCCUCAUCUACUUCAUAAAUCUGUCAAGGCCACCAUUCUAGCCUGUGUCCCACUGUAUGUUUAUAUGUUGGUUCUAAGUUUUAUUGCUGACAAGAUGCCUCUUUUAUUGCAACAUUGUGUUUGUGCGAAUAAUUUUAUUUGCUGAUUUUAUGUUUGUCAUGUCACUUUUUUGCCUCUUAUAUUAACUAAACAGUGAAUUUUAAACUGAAUAAACUUGUAAAUUAUUGUCA